AUGGAAUUAUUAAAACAUGUAUUUCAAAAUGUGAUCGGAUUGCAGAAUGCUAGAGAACUUCAAAAGUAUGCAAUUAAUACUAACACUACCUUUAUCGGCAUAGAAUUUCUUGAUAAAUAUGGUGGUAUUAUAGAUUGGACCAGCGUGCAAGAUUUAAGUAUAGGGGUAGGCGGAAAAAGUAUAAAGAGGCAACUAAAGAAAGUGCAUCGCAACAUCGGCUACUGUCCACAAUUCGACGCUCUACUGGACGAUAUGACGACCAAAGAAAUCAUCAUCAUGUACUGUUUGCUGAGAGGCAUAGAACUGAAGCGAACCUAUAUAAUUGCUGAUUACUUAUCGAAGAAGUUCGAUUUCCACAGACAUCUGAAUAAGAAAGUGAAAGAAUUAAGCGGUGGCAAUAAGAGAAAAUUAAGUACUGUCCUAUCUUUGAUAGGAGAUCCGCCUGUUUUAUUUCUGGAUGAGCCGACUACAGGAAUGGACCCAGUCGCUAAGCGUUAUGUAUGGGACACAUUAUGUAAACUUCGUACCCUCGGUAAAACCAUAGUCCUAACUUCUCUCAGCAUGGAAGAAUGCGAAGCCCUUUGUACCAAACUCGCAAUUAUGGUCAACGGUAACUUCAAGUAUCUGAGCUCCACCCAGCACCUCAAAAGCAAGUUUACAAAAGGUUAUAUGUUGACUAUUAAGGUCAGAAAAUUGCCAAAAAGUGCAGGUCAACAGCAUACAGACAUUCGACAGAUUGAGACGUUUAUUUAUUCAAGAGAAUUUCCCGGGAGCCCAGUUAAAGGAAAGGCACCAGGAGCUGCUGAAUUACUAUAUCGUUGA